CCUUACAUAAUAUGUUGGUGAGUGUGUGUGUGAGAGAGAGAGAGAGAGAGAGAGGCAGGAGUGAGUGAAUGUUUCUCUCCUCACUCUCGUCCUCUCGUCUGCUGUGGUUAUCAUGGACAUACAGUCUUCAUAUCAGCAGCUUGCCUCCUAACAGACGUGAAAAAGAAGUAACAGGACGAGAGAGUGGUGUUGACUGGGGUUCUGAAAGAGGCACCGAAAACAGAGACGGGCCUACAUGCCUCGUAAUUUCAACAGACCCUUCAUCCUUCAGACAGACACAUCACAAACUGGACUUGGGGCUGUCCUUUCACCGACUAUACGAGGUGACAGAGUGAUCUGACAUCAGCAAAGCAUCAUGAGCACCGAAAAAGAGCGCAGCGUCCUGAAUGAUACCGACGAGGAGAAGGAGGUGAAGGAUGAGAAGACCGCUGUGAAGGAGGAGCUGUCUGAGGAGCAGGAGCUGGAGGAGCUGAGGGCUCAGGUGUUGCAGCUCCUGCUUGAGCUGGAAGAAGCUCGAGACACGGCUCAGAAACACGAGGAGAGCUUUCUAGAGCUGCAGGGUCUUCUUGAGGAGGAACGUUUAGCUAGUGCUCAUCAGGCAGAGGCCUUCACAAGACAGAUCCAGUGUCUGCAAGCACAACUUCGUUCUGUUCAGGAGGAGAUGGACAGUCUGGAGGAGGAGAAGGAGAGCGAGCUCCUGGAGGCGCAGGAGGAGCUGCGGGCGGCGCAGGAGGAGGUGCUGCUGCUGCAGCAGGCGUCGGAGGACUCCGCGGCCGAAAGAGAGAACGACAUCGCCAGUCUGCAGGAGGAGCUCUGCCGCUUACGGGCCGAAAUCUCUCACCUGGAGAACACGGGACAGGAGUACGAGCUGGAGAUCGUCACACUCCGAGCGGAAAUAGAGAUGAAGAGCCUGAGCCGUCUACAGCAGAGGAAGGAGGGUGAUGUUGGUCUGUUGAUGGAUGAAUGUAACAGUCUGAAGGAACAAUGUCAUGCACUGCAAGAUGAAAACACAAGACUGAAUCACAGACUGCAGAUGCUGCAAAAGAGGAAUUCAGGAAGCUCCUGCGUCACUCUUAAAGAAGAACAGGAUGAGACAGAAGAGGCAAAACACACGCAGUGUGGCACAGACACAGAAACGGGAAGCUCUUAUAUGAGCUCCAGCUGCAGGCUGGUGGACGCUGGGAUCCAGAAGAACAUAUCGUUUGAUGGCAAGCCUGUGACCCCCACCGGCUGGACAGGAGGUUUCUCAGAGAUCCUCUCACUGAGAGAUCAACUCAAGCAGACAGAAGAGAAGGCCACACACAUGCAGCGAGAGUGUGAUGGACUGAAGAAUGAACUACAAAAUCUGCGGGAAGUGUAUGAGAGCAGUCAGAAGGAGCGAGCCGAGCUGGAGCUGGAGUUACUGCGCUGCAGGGAAGAGCUGGAGAGAGCUGCUGAUGUCAAAGAGGAAUGAUGCUAAUAAAACCAUUGAUUUGUUGCUGGCAAUCUGAAGUAUAUUGUGGAAAGCAAAGGUACCGUUAAACUUAGUAAUUCAUGUUUUGGUCUUUAUGAUGUUCUUUAUUGUUAUCUUUUGUAAAAACAAAUCAUAAAUUUUAUGCUUUCUAAUGACUUGACCAAAUUGUAAAAUGUUAUACUGUUAUUUAUUUAUUUUUGGACUGUAUAUAAUAACAAAUAAUAUUGCUAUUACUGCCGGAAAUACUUUAUUAUAACUAGUCAGACUGAUUGUCUUUAGCAGUGUUCUCGCCUGAUGAAACUACGAUCAACACUCAUCACAGCCUCUACAGUAACAUCUGGAGUUUAAUGCUGUUUUUUGUGUGUCCUUUUGUCUUUUUGCAAUAACAACUACCUUCUUAGACAAAAAAGGUUCCACUUAUAUUUUUCCUAUAAUAUUUCAAAUGUACUUCAUAUUAGUUUAGCAAAUGUUUCUGAUUUAUUCAUCAUUUUCUUCUGCUUGUAGGCUUGUUGUAAAUAUCUUUAAUAUUAUUAUACGUUUAUAUGGACGAUUUCUUCCUAAUAUAUGAGAUGAAGUAUAUAAAAUAUAUUAAUUACUAAAAAAAUACUUUAAAGGAGGUUCUAAUUAAAAGAGAAUCUGAAGUUUGUGAAUUAAAAAGAAAAGCUUAAAUAUUUAAAAUAGGCCUAGUUAAUUUUAUACCUCAUAAAUUAUUUUGUGAAUUUACACAAUGCUAUUGUUUCGCAAUAACUGCUAUAAUCUAUCCUUUUUUGUAUAUUUUUGUGCAUGUUUCAGCAUGAGGCAACACUAUGUUGUCAUAUUGAUGAUUGUAUAUAGAUUUAUACACUGAGGAGAAGAAUCAACAAUUCAUAUAUGUCCAUACAAUUCUGGGAAAAAAAGUAUGAACUGAACAUAAUUUUGUCAACAUUUAGUGCAUGAACUCUGAAGGUCACUUGUGUAAAACGUAAAUGUAAGUAGAUUUUACUGAAGCUGAGCUCAGGCUGGCUGAGGUGUCUGCUGUUAAUUUACUCACAUGCUUUGGAUUGUCACAUGACCCAAAUUCAUUUGUGUCCUAUUCUACAGAUGUCCAAUUCAAAAGAGUCAUUAUAACUGUGAAAUAAUCAUUAUAAAUAAUUAUGUAACCUAUUCUAGUCACUUAAACUUUUUUUUUUCUUUCUAAAGUCAUCUGAAAUCUCUUAUCAUCAUGUUGCAACAGAAUGACAUUAUUUUGAGCAGGUGAUCAAAAUGAUAUCAAAACUUGACCUGAACUGUUUGCAACAUUUUAUCAAAGGCUUUUUAACAAGAAAGUUCACAUAUUUUUCCUUUUCUAUCAAUGACCUUGAUUGUUCAAACCCUUUAUUGUAAAAAGAUUUGGUUAUACAGUUUUAGAAUUUUUAAGAAUUGUGUUUAAAAACUAAAAAUGUAAGACUUCUAUUUAUUAUGUUUAUGACUGAGCUGAUAAUCAGAUGACAUGUGAUAUCUUACAGACCAUUAACAUCUCUAAAUCAGCAGAAGAUUAGCUGAGAUUAUUAAAGUCUAGCAACAAAUGGAAUUCUUCUUCUUAUUUCUAUUCUGUUGUGACAGUGGUACCAAAACCUGUUGUAUUUAAAUUUGUGAAAUUUCUAAAAUGAUUGUAUAUUUUGAACAAUAAUAUAGAUCAACCAUGAGGUUUAAUGUACUGAAUUGUCAAUUAAAUGAAUUCCACUGUAUCCCUACAUUUGAUAAAGACAAAUUGAGUUCCAA